GAGUCUAGGUAGGGGCGGGUCAUGGCUCACCUCGGGUAAACUGCGGAAAUACAACUUCUCUCGUCUUCCCCUGCGGACUGAGGAAAACAACAUGUCGCUGAGAGCAGCUCUGAGGACUAAACGCUGUGUUUCAGGGCUUCUCUCCCAGCUGCCCUCCUGCAGCAGUCAUGUCAGACCUCGUGCUCCUGCCGUCCUUGUCUCUCAGCAGAGGAACAACUCCACCUCACCGAAGAUCAAGGUGGACUUUGACCAGAGCACAGGUGUGGCGAUAAUGCAAAUGCAGAGUCCUCCGGUCAACAGCCUCAGUUUAGAUUUCCUCACAGAGCUCUGCAUCAGCGUGGAGAAGCUGGAGAUGGAUAAGAGCUGCCGAGGCCUCAUCAUCACCUCGAGUCAGCCCAAGGUUUUCUCAGCCGGCCUGGACAUUAUGGAGAUGUACGGGAAGAGUCCAGAACGCUGUGGAGAGUUCUGGAAAGCAGUUCAGGAGAUGUGGCUGAAAAUCUACGGCUCCAACAUGGUCACUAUAGCUGCAAUCAAUGGUUCCAGUCCGGCCGGUGGCUGUCUGAUGGCGAUGACGUGUGACUACAGGAUAAUGGCCGACAACCCUCGUUACAGCAUCGGCCUCAAUGAGACCCAGCUCGGCAUCGUCGCACCUUUUUGGUUUAAGGACACCAUGACAAACACAGUGGGACAUAGAACCACAGAGAUGGCCCUGGAGCUGGGUUUGCUCUACAGCCCCUCAGAGGCCCUCAAGAUAGGCCUGGUGGACCAGCUGGUGCCUGAGGACCAGGUCCUCACCACAGCCACAGAGACCAUGACCAAGUGGUUGGCUAUUCCAGAUCACGCCAGACAGCUCAGCAAAUCCAUGAUGAGGAAGCCAACCAUCGACAAGCUGACCUCCAACAGAGAGGCCGACAUUAAGAACUUUGUCAGCUUCAUCACCAAAGACUCCAUUCAGAAGUCGCUGCGCAUGUACCUGGAGAUGCUGAAGAAGAGGCGGGGCUAGAGGAGAGAGAGCAGUGUGAAGAGCUGGAGACACAUCUGCCUUCAGGGUCAUCGACUCUCCCCUUCCAGUGACGAAGAGUGUUUUUCUGUCCAACUUUAUAUGUGGUUGAGAUAAAAACUAGUUUCAAACUUAACAUACAUUUUGAGGAUAUUCUUUAGAUUGACUGUAGACUAACCCCCACCCCCCCCCCCCCACCCAGCCCGCCUGCUGCUGGACCUCUGACACACACUCUCUACUGUAACAGAGGCUGAUUUACUUAGGCUGAUGAACACAUAAGCAUCGGACGUUUAGAGGACGAGGCCCAGAUGAAACCAGGAGUCCGUCCUCCUGCCUUUGUAGCACUGGGAUUGGUCAGCCACUCUUUGUAGGAGGGGUUUAUCACAGUCAUUCUAGUGACAGACAGGUUUUUCCUCUUUUAAGUGCAGAUUGAAGAGUCCAGUGGACGAAGCCUUCAUCAUCCUCUCUAACAGAUUUGGCUUUAUACAGUUUUUCUUUCUUAUGAAUAAAGUCCUCUAGAUUUUGA